AGUGGACAAGUCUCACAGCAAUGUCGCUGACAAGGUCAAGCAUUCCCUCGGAUUCUGGUGCAGGCGAGAGAAGACCCUUCAUCAAAAUACAAAAUGUAGGCAGGGAUCGGAUCGCACGAACAUGUAUGCGCAUCUGAAUUGAUGUCUCUGCCAAUUAUGAAAUGUAGGCAGCCCUCCACCGGCUGCGUCGACUCCUCCUCCCCCUGAAGCUGCACCUGCUGCUCCUGCUGCACCGAGGCGGCGGGCAGCGGGGCCAGGCCAGCGAAACGCGACCCUGCACAGCACACACAGAACAGACAGAGGCAGGACCUUCUUCCUUCCCUCGCUUCCUCUCUCUAUCCGUGUGUAUAUCAAUGGGUAUAUAUAUGUAUCACCGCUGGUCCACUGGCGACCUUGAGACUCCUCAGACACCUUGGCUGCAAACGCAAUGCAUCAAUGUGUGGGUCAACACGUGAGGGCAGGUGUUCGUAUCUUCCUCCUUACCGUCCUCCCAUGGAGCACGCUGCUCAGCCGACAACUGAGACACACCUACAGACAGACAGACAGACAGAAAAGUGUAGUUGGACGAGAGUGACAGGUGUGCCAUUCCAUUCGAUCCAUCCAUCACCCUUGUCCUUCUCCAUGGGAAGUCCCUGCACACGCACGACACGACACGACUGCAGUGAAUUUUCUGGGGCGCUGUGUGUUGGCUAACGCACCAUGAAGAUGAUGUUUUCUUUGGCCUCUGUGCUCUUGGACUGGAUGACAUCCGCCACGUCCAACGCCGUGGCCUGACAACAUGAGAGGGCCAUACGUACACAUUCAGGCACGCUCCACACUCUCCCCGUGUCUCUUUCCAAGCUCACCGCUUGAUCGAACGAGAAUGUCUCCUGGGUGCCGCCAUGCGUGUCAAUGAGUAUCGACCUGAACGGCACGCACAGAAAGUGUGAGAGCUGCAUUACCCUUGAACACACUUACGUGUGAGCUAGCGUGAGUGUUUCGAUGCCUGCGUAGUCGAAGUUGAGCAGCAAAACUGACAAACAGAAGAAGAGAGGACGAACAUGAAGUAGAUGAGUUAUGUGGGGCGCGUUUGUGUCAGCUCACUCUCCUCGCCCUCCUCGCCCAGUGUGACGAACUUGAUGGCCGACGCCGUGGCGAUGAGACAACCCUGGGCAGACACACAGAUGGAAGUGGCUAUCACGUCCUCUCCUUUCCCCUGCCUGGAUGACGUCGCCGGUGUGAGUGAGGAUACCAACUCCGAAGAAACGCACAUCCCUGCGGAAGGAAUGUCGACGUAUCAUCAUCAUGUCUCUGUGCAUUCCAUGUGUUUAUGUGUGUGGAUGCCCACCCGUUGGCUGACGAGGAGGAGGGCUGGCCUUGCGACGACUCGAGGGCGCCCAUCGACAGAUUCGCACCUAAAAACAACGCAGCGCCAGCCAUUUCAGCAUUCCCGCCGCCUUCGCCACUGCACACACUCACCAGCGAUGGCCAGGUUCUCGAACUUGCCCGAGAUGGACCCUUUGCCACACACAGAGGUAGGAUCCAUCCAUCCAUCCAUCCAUGCGGUGUGAGUACCUUCCUCAGCGGGAUCCACAGCACCAGUCGCCUUCCCCUCCACGGUGGGCUGAUCCUGCGCCGCACCAGCCUUGUCCAUCAUAGCUCCUUCUUCUCUUCCUGCCGUACAAACGAUGGUUCUGGCCGAUCGCAUCGGUGCGAGCUUGUUUGGCGAGGCUGCUGACGGGAAAG